AUGGAUCCAAAGGUACAUCAGUGCUUGGAGUGGGCGGUCAAACGAGUCAUGGCAAGCACUGACUGUGAUGACUAUCAAAUGGAGAACAUAAAUAUUGAUUUAAUCGAUGAGUGUUACGAAAAUGUGGAACCGCCUUCGGCAGGAUCAAAGGACGUACCUUUGAUUGGUUCAACGGCCAAAGAAGUUGAGGUCUCCACACAGCCAUCAAUUGAAGACGAGAUUGCGAAAGAAGUGGAGAAGUGGUCGUUCGGAAACGCGCUCAUCUUCACCUUCAGCGUUAUCACAACU